AUGGACUGGCAAGGUCAAAAGAUAACAGAGCAACUGAUGCAGAUAGUGUUAAUGGUGUUUGCGAUGGGAGCAUUCUUGACAGGUUAUAUCAUGGGAUCGUUUCAACUGAUGAUGUUGAUAUAUGCUGGAGGUGUUGUUCUAACCACACUAAUCACCAUACCUAAUUGGCCUUUCUUUAAUCGCCAUUCUCUCAAGUGGUUGGACCCUAGUGAGAUCCAAAAGCAUCCAAAACCUGUUGCAGGUUUCAUUUCAAAGAAGAAGCUUCCUAAGAAGUAG